UCAUUUCAAACUCGGUCAUAUCAUUUUAUUAUGGCAUGGUAUAAUCAAUUGACAAUAAUAAUAUGAUUGGUAAUGGAUCAAUCGUGGUUGGGCAUCGAGAGGUACGAACGUAGGUGCUUCUAAUUAUGUACAUCUCUAUAAUUAGGACCCAAAUCUGGUGAUCCCUUCAGAAUUCUCAUACUCGUCGCUCUCUCUCUCUCUCACUCUGUCUCACUCUCUCAACACUCUCAGCUAGCUCUUAGAACUCACUCUCUCUUGCAGCUCUCUCUCUCUCUCUCUCUCUCUCUCUCUCUCUCUCUCUCUCUCUCUCUCUCUCUCGCUCGCUCUCUGUUUUAGAUUGGAUGGUGGAAUCUUUUUCUACAAGCACCAAACAACACUGGUUGAAGGUUCGUGGUCAAAGAUGUGGGCUGAGAACUCUUCCACACAGUGCUGCUAUAACAUUAACUGUUGAUUUGCACCCGACUUUACCCAUUUCCGUUAGUUGAUUAGCUGAUAACUCGCUCCUAAUGUGUAUACAAAUUUGAAUGCUCAGCACAGAACGUACUGCCUGGAGGAUCUGUCACCGACUUUGGGAAUAUUCACUCAUCAUUUCUUUGUUCUUCCAAGGUGUACUGCUUGCUACUAAUAUUCACUCAUCAUCUUGUGGAAUGAAAGCCUCGCCCCUCCUUAGCCUGUUGGACUCAUUUUUCCCUUGAAGUACUCUCACUACCAACGUUCGAUCUAUCUUGAUUUUCCUAUUCUCUCUUCUUUCCAUCUUUACUUUUGUUAUCUCUCGUUGGUACAAUAGUUAAUUCGUUGCUUUUUUACUUGCACAAAACUCAAUUUUCUUUUCUUUCUCUUUCUCAUUUUAUUUAUUGGUUGUAAAGGUUUAUUUUUCAACCAUUAUCUGUCAGUCAUAUUUCCAAUUUGGUUUUCAAAAUUUAUUGUAGUGACUACUUUUAUAAUCUUACCAGCUCCUAAUGUGUACACAAAUUUGAAUGCUCAGCACACAACUUACUCCUUGGAGGAUCUGUCAUCGACUUUGGGUGACCACAUCAUUUCUUUGUUCUUCCUUAAGGUGUAUUGGUUGCUACUAAUAUUCACUCAUCAUCUUGUGAAAUGAAAGCCUCUCCCUCUUUAGGCUGUUGGACUCAUUUUUCCUCUGAAGUACUCUCUCUGCCAAAGUCCGAUCUAUCUUGAUUUUCCUAUUCUCUCUUCUCUCCAUCUUUGCUUUUCUUAACUCUAGUUGAUACAAUAGGUAUUUGGUUGCUUUUAUACUUGCACAAAAAUCCAAACCCCCCCCCCCCCCCCCCCAAAAAAAAGCAAAAGAGGUCGGGCAAAAAACCACUGGACCAAGAAUGGAGAUUGUUAUUUUAAUUGCGGAGACAAUAGUAAAGUACACUGUUGCACCUGUUGGACAGUGGUUAUGCUAUUCAUUUCAAUACAACAACAACAUAAAGAAUUUGGAGAAUCAGAAAGAGAAGUUGCAACAUGCUCAAGAAAGGGUGAAACAAUCCGUUGAUGAUGCUUCAAACAAUGGUGAGAAAAUUUAUUCUGAUGUUAGCAAGUGGUUGACAGAUGUAGAUCGAAUUACAGAAUUGGCCACCAAGAGACUUCGUGAAAUCGAAGAAGCAGGUACGAGAAGCUCUAAUGCGGCAUGCCUAAACUUGAAACAUCGACAUCAAUUAAGCCGGGAGGCAAAGAAGAUGGGGGGUGAUAUUGAUGAACUUCUUAAAAGUGGAAACUUCAAUAGAGUUUCCUAUCGUCCUACUUCGCAAGAAAUGGUGACUCCAAUAAACAUGGAUUGCAUGGAGUUUGUGUCAAGAAUGCCAACUGUGAAGGGACAUAAGGAGGCACUCGAAGAUGCUAAUAUCAACGUGAUUGGUUUAUGGGGGAUGCCUGGUGUGGGAAAGACUACAUUGAUGAGAGAAGUUGCCAGGCAAGUCAAGGAAGAUAAGCUAUUCGAUGAGGUGGCUUGGGCAAAUGUGACACAGAGCCAAGACCCGAUCAGACAAAUUCAAGGAGAAAUCGCAGACAUGCUAGAUCUCAAGCUUGAUGCGGAGUCAACACCUGGAAGAGCGAAUCAUCUACGGAAGAGGUUAACAACAACAGAAAAAGGGACACUUGUUAACCUAGAUGAUAUAUGUCAGAAACAUGAUUUGGAAGCAAUAGGAAUUGAUCCUUGUAAGGGAUGUAAAGUCAAGGAAGAUAAGCUAUUCAAUGAGGUGGCUCUGUCAGAUGUGACGCAAAGCCCAGACCUAGGACGAAUUCAAGGAGAAAUCGUAGACAUGGUAGAUCUCACGUUUGAUAAGGAGACAAUACAGCCCGGAAGAGCAAGUCGUCUACGGGAGAGGUUAACAACAAAGGAAAAAAGGAUACUUGUUAUCCUAGAUGAUAUAUGGGAGAAAUUUGAUUUGGAAGCAAUAGGAAUUGAUCCUUAUAAGGGAUGCAAAGUAGUGCCGGUAUCCAGACAACGCGAUUUAUUAUCUUCUCAAAUGCAUGUUAAGAAGAUGGCGGUUGAUUUUGUUAAAGACCCCAAUUUAUGAUGUACAAUAACUGAGGUAGCUAAAGAGUGUGGAGGUUUGCCUAUUGCACUUGUAACAAUUUCCAAGGCAUUAAAUAAUAAGGAUUUAUGUGAAUGGAAGGAUGCCUUACAGCAACUACGGCAUCCUGCUCCCGAACAUCUCACAAAAAUGCAGUCAACUAUAUACUCUUGUAUAGAGUUGAGUUUUAGACAUCUUGAAAGUCAGGAGAUUCAAUAUGUAUUUGUGCAUUGUGCUAGAAUGGAGUUCGACAUUGACCGUCUGGACUUGGUGAAAUACUGUUAUGGUUUGGGUUUAUUUCAUGGAAUUAACACAUUGGAAGAUGCGAGGAAUAGACUAUAUAGAAUAUUACGUAGCUUGAAAGACUCUUGUCUGUUGCAAGACUUUCCUCAUGACUCUCAGUUUUGUCGUAUGCACGACGUUGUUCGUGAUGUUGCUAUGUUAAUUGCUUUAAGGGAUUAUGGUAUGCUUUUCAUAGGUGAUGAUGGAGGGCCCAAAGAAUGGCCAGAUAUGGAUGCACUAAAAAGAUGCAAGGCAUUUUCUAUUCGUGGUGGAGAUAUUCAUCAUCAACUUCCAAAUGAACUAGAAUGUCCAGAAUUAAGUUUCCUUUCUAUCAAUGGCAGAGAUCGUUCUUUACCAAUCCCAGACACUUUCUUUCAAGGGACAAAAAAGCUCAAAGUUUUGGUUUUGACGGCAAUGAAACUUUCAUCACUUCCUUCAUCACUUCUUCUUCUUAGAAACCUACAAACAUUGUGCCUUGAUCAAUGUAAGUUAGGAGACAUAUCUGCGAUUGGAGAACUUAAGAAUUUAGUAGUUCUUAGUCUUCUUCAUUCUGACAUUUCAACAUUACCAAGAGAAAUAGGCUUGUUGAGUUGUUUGCGGUUGUUCGAUGUGAGCAAUUGUUCCAAACUUGAAGUGAUUCCACCUAAUAUCCUAUCUAGCUUGGUGGAAUUAGAAGAAUUGUAUAUGGAAAAUAGCUUUGUUCAAUGGGAGGCUGAAGGACUCUUCACUGAAAGAUCAAACAAUGCUAACCUUGGUGAGCUAAAGUAUAUGUUACUUUUGACUACUCUGGAGAUACAUAUUCAAGAUGCCUGCAUGCUUCCAAAAGAUCUACGCGAGCGGUUUGGGAAAUUAAAAAGAUACAACAUAUUGGUAGGAGAAGUCUGGGACUGGUCUGAUAAGCAUGGAUGCUCAAGAAUGUUAAAACUCAAGUUAAAGACAAGCUUUCAAUCAGAGGUUGUAAUAAAGAUGUUGUUGAAUAGAGUAGAAUGUCUUUAUUUAGAUGAGUUAAAGGGUGUUAAAAGUGUUCUACAUGAAUUAGAUCGAGAAGGUUUUCAACAACUGAAGCAUCUUCAUAUACAAAAUAAUGACGAGAUCAAAUAUAUCAUUAGCUCUCCGAUGCAUAUCUCGACCAUUUCCUUUCCUGCCUUGGAGACAUUCCUUCUGAAAAAUAUGACUGGUUUGGAAGAUAUUUGUCAUGGCCAACUUCAUUCAACAUCCUUUUGUAACUUGAGAGUUGUAAAAGUGGAAAAUUGUGAAAAACUAAAAUUUGUCUUCCCAUCAUUCGUAGUAAGGGGCCUUUCACAUCUCCAAGAAUUGCAGAUAAGAGAAUGCAGCAUCAUGGGUGCAAUAGUCAUGAAAGAAGAAGGCGAAAUAGAAGACACAGAUAUGAUCUUUUUCCCUCAACUACGUCACUCGGCACUUGAGCAUCUUCCAAAGCUUAUAAGCUUCUUAAGAACAAAAAAUUCAUUCGCAACUGAUGCUGGAGAAAUCGUUUCAGAGGACACACUUGGUUUUUACAUGCCAAUUCUACACGAACAGAUUGUGUUCCCCAACUUGGAAACAUUGGAACUAUCCUCAGUACAGUUGCAAGAGACACAUCACAACCAACAUCGGGCAAGGCACAGAUUAACCACCAUGGAAGCAAUGUCGAGGUUUCAGAAUUUGUCAAACUUGGAGGUGCAGGGCUCUUGUAAUAUAAAAUAUCUGCUAUCAUUCUCUACAGCUAGAUUUAUGGUGCAUCUCAAACAUCUUCACAUAUCGGACUGUAAGGCUAUGGAAGAGGUAUUAGUCCUAGAAGAAAUUGCAAAAGCUAGCGAAAUUACGGAGGUGUUCCCUGGACUAGAAAGCUUGAGGCUAACAGAUCUCCCAAACCUCAAAAGAUUCUGCAUAGGAUGUAACAUCCAAUUUUCGUCCUUGGAGAUCCUGUCGAUAGACCAUUGCCCUAAAUUAGUGACAUUUAUAUUUAAUCCUAUAAGUUCAAGCGCAACAACCAUCCAAGAGAUCAUUCAAACGAAUGCAGUGGAGAGGCCUUUAACUGUUAUGCAACCUCUCUUCACUGUAGAGGUUGCAUUCCCUUGUUUGAAGGGAGUGGGAAUCCUUCGCAUGGAUUACCUAAAACACAUAUGGCAGAACCAAUUUGUGGAAAAUUCCUUUUGCAAUCUAGAAUUUAUAAGAGUUGAACUUUGUGAAAACCUUGUGAGCAUCUUUCAAUCUGAUAUGCUGACAAGAUUCCAGAGUGUAGAGAAACUUGUUGUAGGUGGUUGCAGUUCACUACAAGAAGUAUUUGAAUUGCAAGAGCUAAAUGUUAAUGAAAAUCAAGCUGUAAUCACCAUGCAGCUGAAAGAGUUGAAGUUGGAUUGUCUUCCACAAAUGAAGCAUGUGUGGAGUAAAGACCCCAAAGGAGUUUUCAGCUUUAAAAAUCUAAAACAAAUAUGGGCUCGUGAAUGUGAGAAUUUGAUAAGUUUCUUUCCAGCCUCUGUUGCUAAAAGUAUCAUGCAAUUGGAGACUCUUGAGAUGAUAGAUUGUGGGGUGGAGGAAAUUGUUGAAGAUGAAGGGGGAGAAGAUACAAUAGAAAGGUUUGUGUUCCCUCAAGUAACUCUCCUAACUUUUAAGAGGCUACUACGACUCAAGUGGUUUUACCCAGGAGUGCAUACUUUAGAAUGUCCAAUGCUAAAAAAGAUAUGGGUAGAAGGAUGCCAGAAAGUUGACAUAUUUGCAUAUGGGCUUCUGAGCUUUCAAGAAACACUUCGAGAGAGCCGGCAUGAGAUCUCUACUCAGCAACCCCUUUUCAUGGUUCAUGAGGUAGCAUUCCCAAGCUUGGAGACGUUAGCAAUUUCACAUAUGGAUAACUUGAUAACCAUAUGGCACGACCAAGUCGCAGCAGAGUCCUUUUGCAGUUUUCAAAACCUACGUCAAAUUUAUGUUGAGGGAUGUGAGAGCUUGAAAAGUUUCUUUCCAACAGUCUCGGUGGCUACAAGUUUCAGGCAAUUGGAGGAUCUUCAUAUAGUCAAUUGUGGGAUUGAGGAGAUUGUCGCAAGAGGAGGAGAUCAAAAAGCAACACCAAGGUUUGUGUUCCCUCGUAUGACUACACUAAAUCUUGACGGGCUGUCAAAACUCAAGUGGUUUUAUCCAGGAGUGCAUACUUCAGAAUGGCCAUCAUUAAAAUACAUUGAGGUGAAUAGAUGUAAAAAAGUUAAGAUAUUUGCUUCAGAAUAUAUGAGCUUUCGAGAGGCACUUGAAGAAAGUCGAGAAAGCAAGAUCUCAAGUGACCAACCCUUUUUCUUGGCUGAUCAAGAUCAGAUAGCAUUCCCAAGCUUGAAGAAGUUAGCAAUUUCACAUAUGGAUAACUUGAUAACCAUAUGGCAUGACCAAGUCGCAGCAAAUUCCUUUUGCAAUAUUCACUUACUUGAGGUUAAAUUUUGUGAGAGCUUGAAAAGUUUAUUUCCAGCAGUCUUGGUGGCUACAAGUCUCACGCAAUUGGAGAUUCUUAAGAUAUGCAAUUGUGGGAUUGAGGAGAUUGUCGCAAGAGGAGGAGAUCAAGAAGAAACACCAAGGUUUGUGUUCCCUCAUAUGAGUAUACUACAUCUUGAUGGGCUGGAAAAACUCAAGUGGUUUUAUCCAGGAGUGUACACUUCAGAAUGGCCAUUAUUGAAAGUGAUAUGGGUGGGUGGAUGUCAAAAAAUUGAGAUAUUUGCUUCAGAAUACAUGAGCUUUCAAGAGACACUUGAAGAAAGUCGACAAAGCAAUAUCUCAAGUCACCAACCCCUUUUCUUGGUUGAUCAAGAUCAGGUCGCAUUCCCUAGUUUGGAAAUACUGAUAAUCACCCACAUGGAUGACAUGAAAGUUAUAUGGAAUACCCAAUUUGUAGAAGGUUCCUUUUGCAAACUUCAGAACAUGGGUGUUGAAUAUUGUGCAAAUCUUAAUAGCAUCUUUCCAUUUCAUAUGUUUAAAGUCUUCCAGAGUCUAGAGUUGCUGAAUGUAGUCCAUUGCAGUUCUCUAAAACAAGUGUUUGACCUACAAGGGCCUAGUUUUCAAGAAACAAAUGUUAUAACAGUCACACAAUUGAAGCACUUAUAUUUGGAUCAUUUGCCAAAGUUGAAGCACAUAUCGAAUAAGGAUCCUCGUGAUAUUUUGAGUUUUCAAAAUCUACGUCGUGUACAUGUCGUCGGGUGCGAGAGCAUGGAAUGUCUCUUUCCAGCUUCCAUGGCCAGAACUCUCACGGAAUUGGAAUCUCUUGUGGUAUUGGGUUGCGGGGUUGAGGUCAUUGUUGAUGAGGAAGAAGCAGAACGGAGACUUGUGUUCCCUAAACUAACUUCUCUGGCACUCGAGGCAUUGCGAAAACUCAAGUGGAUUUCCCCGAGGGCUUAUAAUUUAGAAUUGCCAGUGUUAAAAGAAUUGAGAGCGUGGGGAUGUGACCAAGUUAGCAUAUUUGCUUCUAAAUUCUCAAGAUUUCAAGAAACAAGUCAACAGUGUCUACUUGAGAGUUCCAUUCAACAUCCUCUUUUCUUGGUUGAAGAGGGUACAUUUCCAAAAUUGGAGGUCUUGAGAUCGAAUCUUCAUGACAUGACCACAUGGCAUGACCAGUUGUUUAUAGAGUCCUUUUGCAACUUAAAAGUUCUAGAGGUGCAAUGCAACCAUGAUACAUCAGCUAUUUUUCCAUCUAAUUUACUAAAAAGUUUACAGAAUCUGGAGAAACUUGUUGUGAGCUGUAAUGAUUGGCAUGAAAUAUUCCCGUUUGAAGAAUUUAUUGGGCCAAGUAAUCAUGCCAUGUUACUCCCACAACUAAAAGAGCUUAGGGUGUCUAAAGCACGAAUGCUGACACAUUUGUGGAAAGAAGACAUCCAGGAAUCUCUAGUUUUUCAUAAAGUACUGGAAAUUCUAGCAGUGUCAAAAUGUCACAAAUUGAAAAGUUUAGUGCCAUCCUCGGUAUGUUUCCACAAUUUGACAGAUCUUGAGAUAUUGAGUUGUAAUGGAUUGAUCCAUUUAAUAACAUACCCAACAGCCAAAAGCUUGGUGCAGCUCAGAAAAAUGAGUGUAAGCUCAUGCGAAGGAAUAACAGAAAUUAUGGCGAAGGGGGAUGAUCAAGCCAAAGUGGUGAUUACAUUCAGCAAAUUGACUUGCUUAAAAUUUGAUUGCUUACCAAACUUCACAAGCUUUUGCUCAUGAAGUUAUUCUAUUAUGUUCCCAUAUUUGGAAGAAGUAUUUGUAAGAGAAUGCCUUGGGAUGAAAACUUUCAGUCACGGAGUUCUAAGCGCACCAAAGCUAAAAGGUGUCCAAGCAACAACAAGAGGAGAUAAAUCACAAACCGAUUGGAAGAAUAACCUGAAUAGCACUAUACAUUCGCUUUGGAAGAACAAACUAGUUUGAUUGCCAGCAGUCUAUUCGAAGAAAGGCAAGUAUAUUAUUUUACACCUUUCAUAUUUUCAGCACCACUAAUUUGUUUUCUAAUUCAUAAUCCUCCCAAAACAUGCCAUGGUAAAAAUAUUGUAAUAUUAUGAAUUUGGACACUUUUAGUAAAGAGAAUUGCUACUCUUUUA